AUGAAGUGGGUCUUUGUUGUGUGUGCCAUGGUGGCACUGUCUGAGUGCCUCAUUCAGGUCCCUCUGGAGAAGGGUAAGACAGCCAGGGAGUUCCUGGAGGAGCAAGGUCUGUGGGAGGAGUACAGGUUGAAGUACCCAUACAACCCCAUGGCCAAGUUUGACGACCGCUUUGCCGUGGGGAAGGAGCCCAUGACCAACGAUGCUGAUCUGGCUUACUAUGGAAUCAUCUCCAUUGGAACUCCUCCUCAGUCCUUCAAGGUCGUCUUUGACACUGGCUCAUCCAACCUGUGGGUGCCCUCCAUCUACUGCAACAGCCCAGCCUGCAAUAACCAUGACAAGUUUAACCCUGGACUUAGCAGCACCUACAAACGCAAUGGCAGUCCUCUCAGUAUCCAGUAUGGUACUGGCAGCAUGACUGGGUUCCUUGGAUACGACACUGUGACGGUGGGUGGGCUCGCUGUGAGAAACCAGAUCUUCGGCAUGAGUCAGUCUGAGGCUCCCUUCAUGCAGUACAUGCGUGCUGAUGGUAUCCUGGGCCUGGCAUACCCACGCCUGUCUGCUUCCGGCGCUACACCCGUCUUCGAUAACAUGAUGAAGGAAGGCCUGGUCAACCAGGACCUCUUCUCUGUUUACCUGAGCUCUAACUCUCAGCAAGGCAGUGUGGUGACCUUUGGUGGUGUUGACCCCAACCACUAUUAUGGUUCCAUCACUUGGAUUCCCCUCUCCAAUGAGCUGUACUGGCAGAUCACAGUGGACAGUGUUACCGUCAAUGGUCAGGUUGUGGCUUGCAAUGGUGGUUGCCAGGCUAUUGUGGACACUGGUACCUCUCUGGUCGUUGGACCUCAGAGCAGCAUCAGCAACAUCAACAGUAUGGUGGGAGCUAGCAGCCAGAAUGGAGACUAUGUUGUCAGCUGCAAUAACAUUGCCCAAAUGCCAGCUGUGACCUUCCACAUCCACGGACAGGAAUUCACCCUCCCUGCCUCUGCCUACGUCCGUCAGUCUCAGUACUAUGGCUGCCGUACUGGCUUUGGCAACGGAGGUGACAGCUUGUGGAUCCUGGGUGAUGUCUUCAUCAGACAGUACUAUUCCAUCUUCAGCAGAGCCCAGAAUAUGGUGGGUCUGGCCAUGGCUAGAUAA